GCAAAAGAAAACAGAGAAAGACACUCUGGCUCGUUGAUACUCUACUGCCCUGGUGGAGUCCUGUAUAGGUGAACGCAGAGAGAAGACCUGGUGCCUGUCAAAGGUGUACAGAGAACUACAGACCAUACAAACAAGGGGAGGACAAGCACCCCGUACAGCGUGGAUUAUUAAAUAGCACCGGGAGCCGCGGAGGGAAUAACUAAAAGCGAGUGGCAGGAAGCGGAGGAUUCACAGAGGCUACAGCCCCUUCACCACCCUGACACGGCGAGUCGGAGAGCAGCCCCCGGCUUCCUUCACAUGGUGUGCUCUUGAGAAUAGUGUUUGCACACAAACACACCCAGCAUGGCCCGGCUCCGGCCCCUCAGCCCCCCGUGCUGUUGCUGCUACUUCUGCUGCCGCCCCCGGGGACACAGCAGCCCCCAGGAGAGGGGAAGCCGAAGCCCCUGGGUCGGUAUCUACAGACUGCUCGUUACCCUGCUUACCGUACACAGUGCCCGCAGCCACACCGAAGCAUUCAUCCAGUCUGACAAUGUCAUUGAAGUGCUUCGCUUUGAUGAAGGAGGCCUUUUAGAGACUGAGACAACCAUUGGCCUCAACUCAUAUCAACAGAAAAGUGUGUCCUUACACAGAGGGAACUGCAGACCUAUACGGUUUGAGCCACCAAUGCUGGAUUUCCAUGAACAGCCGGUGGGAAUGCCAAAAAUGGAAAAAGUUUACUUGCACAAUCCUAGUUCAGAAGAAACUAUUACUUUAAUAUCAAUAUCAGCAACAACAUCACACUUUCAUGCAUCAUUUUUUCAAAACAGAAAAAUUCUCCCAGGAGGGAAUACGUCAUUUGACGUGGUGUUUCUCGCAAGAGUAGUGGGAAACGUAGAAAAUACUUUAUUUAUUAACACCUCUAAUCAUGGGGUAUUUACCUAUCAGGUUUUUGGAGUUGGGAUCCCCAACCCGUAUCGUCUGCGCCCUUUCAUUGGUGCAAGAGUUCCUGUAAAUAGCAGUUUUUCACCUUUAAUUAAUAUUCACAAUCCCCACAGUGAGCCUUUACAGGUGGUAGAAAUGUACUCAAGUGGGGGAGAUCUGCACUUAGAGCUUCCUACAGGCCAGCAAGGAGGCACCAGGAAGCUGUGGGAAAUCCCACCCUAUGAAACAAAAGGUGUCAUGCGUGCAAGCUUCUCGUCGCGGGAAGCAGACAAUCACACUGCCUUCAUUAGGAUUAAAACCAACGCUUCAGACAGUGCUGAAUUUAUUAUAUUGCCUGUGGAGGUAGAAGUCACCACAGCGCCAGGAAUUUAUUCGUCAGCAGAGAUGCUAGAUUUUGGCACAUUAAGAACACAAGAUCAACCCAAAGUUUUAAAUCUCCAUUUGUUAAAUUCAGGAAUGAAAGAUGUACCAAUUACAAGUGUUCGAUCGACACCACAGAAUGAUGCAAUAACGGUGCACUUUAAGCCUAUAACGUUGAAGGCGUCGGAGAGCAAAUACACCAAAGUUGCGAGUAUAAGUUUUGAUGCAUCAAAGGCAAAGAAACCAUCACAGUUUUCUGGGAAAAUCACCGUCAAAGCAAAAGAGAAAAGUUAUUCGAAACUUGAAAUUCCUUAUCAAGCAGAAGUAUUAGAUGGGUAUUUGGGAUUUGAUCAUGCAGCAACACUGUUUCACAUCAGAGAUAGCCCACCCGACCCAGUAGAAAGAUCCAUCUACCUGACCAAUACCUUCAACUUUGCUGUUCUCAUGCAUGAUGUCUUGUUACCCGAGGACGCUAAGUCAAUGUUUAAAAUUCAGAAUUUCAGCUCGAAUGUAUUAAUUCCACCUGGCGAAUCAAGAUAUGUAUUUUUGCUACUUUUCACACCAUCCUCGUCGUCUGUUCAUAUAGACAGCAAUAUAUUACUAAUCACCAAUGCCUCUAAAUUCCAUCUUCCUGUGCGGGCAUACACAGGAUUCUUAGAUUAUUUUGUCUUACCUCCCAAAACUGAUGAACGUUUUAUAGAUUUUGGAAUCCUUAGUGCUACUGAAUCAAGCAGUCUUCUUAUUGCAGUCAUAAAUAGCAACCCCAUAGAGCUGGCAAUUAAAAGCUGGCACAUUAUUGGAGACAGCCUUUCCAUAGAUCUCCUUACUACAGAGAAGGGCAACAGAACUUCCAUCAUUGCAAGCCUUCCAGAGAUCGAAAACUCCAUGGCACUGGACCGCACCUCAGUUAUAUUAACUUCAGGCUAUUAUGCAGUGUUCAGAGUUACAAUAACCGCUAAAGAUCUCGAAGGAUCGUAUGAUGGGGGUAUACAAAUUACAACAGAUUAUGAGAUACUGACUAUUCCUGUAAAGGCGGUGGUUGCUGUGGGUUCAUUGAUGUGUUCCCCCAAACAAAUUACCCUCUCACCUACUUUUCCGGGGAAAGUAGUCCACCAAAGUUUAAACAUUAUGAGUUCCUUCUCACAGAAGGUGAAAAUACAGCAAAUACGCUCCUUAUCGGAGGACGUGAGAUUUUUUUAUAAGCGAUUGAGGAGCAAUAAAGAGGAUUUAGAGCCUGGGAAAAAAUCUAAGAUAGCAAAUAUCUAUUUUGAUGCUGCUUUACAAUGCGGAGACCACUGUUAUGUUGGACUUCCUUUUUUAUCGAAAAGUGAGCCUAAAACCCAACACCAUUUAGCAAUGCAAGAGGAUGUUUGGGAUUCAGACUGGGAUCAUUACGAGACACUCUACAAGAAGUGGACUGAAGUCCGUGAGAACGGCGAUAAUGAGCCUGAGGCCAUGUUUCAGGUUGACACUGACCUCCAAAAAAAUGUCCUGUCAGAAGUGAAAGCUGAGUUGAUGUGGCCUUCAAUUGUCACUUCGUCACGUCAUCUAUACUUCCCUUUAACCAAUACCAACAGCUCGUCGGUAGAAGAAAUUGCAUUAGAAAACCCGUCAGAUGCCCUAGUGUACGUUCAGUGUCUGCCUGUGGCUCUGUAUUCUAACAGUUCUUUGGUGCUAGACAAGAUUCUAGAAAGAUUUAACAUCAGCAAGUCUCUAAAAGUAGACCUUAAAACGCUUGAAUUCAAAGUCUUCAGAAAUGAUUUGCACCCAGCGCAGAGCAGUCAAGGUUUUGUGGAGGGCUCUUCUCGGCAAUCUGUGUUAAAUCUCAUUUUAAAGCCUGGAGAGAAGAAAAAUGUUAAAAUAAAGUUCACUCCAGUUCUGAACAAAACAGUGUCCACAUUACUUGUGAUCAGAAAUAACAUCACUGUGAUUGACGUAAUUGCAGUGGAAGGACAGGGUGCAAAUGAAAAUCUAAAAAUUGCAGGCAAAGCUCCUGGUCCCGGGAGCUCAUUGAGAUUUAAGAUUACCGAGUCCUUUCUGAAAGAUUGCACAGACAAAAUAAGACACAGAGAGCCAAACUUUACCCUCAAAAGAACAUUCAAGGUGGAGAAUACGGGACAUCUUCAGGUCACUGUAAAAUCAAUGGAGAUUAGUGGAUAUGCCUGUGAAGGAUAUGGCUUCAAGAUUGUGAAUUGCCAAGAGUUUGCACUAAGUCCUAAUGCCUCUAAGGAAAUUGUCAUAUUGUUUACACCAGAUUUCACCACUUCACGUGUUAUUCGUGAGUUGAGAAUUGUAACCGCGGGAGGUUCUGAAUUUGUUUUUAUACUGAAUGCAUCCCUUCCGUAUCAUAUGCUAGCUACAUGUGCAGAAGCACUUCCACGACCCAACUGGGAACUGGCACUUUACGUAGUCAUCUCAGGAAUUAUGAGUUUGCUGUUUCUCUUAGUUAUCGCUACAGCAUAUUUAGAAGCUCAAGGGAUCUGGGAACCAUUCAGAAGGCGUCUUUCUUUUGAGGCAUCAAACCCUCCCUUUCAUUUGGGGCGACCCUUCGAUCUCAGGAGAAUAGUUGGUAUUUCGUCUGAGAGCAAUUUGAACGCUCUUGGAUCAGACCCCAGUCAUGGCUCCAGCAGGGGACUAUAUGCAGGAAGCGUUUCCAGAACAGGUUCUGGGAAUCACAAGCCAUGUAACUCCGGGUCCCAACUACACAGCACCAGAAGCACGGCUGAUGCAGAAAGUGCGCGAACAAAAAGUAACUCAAACGCUUCAAGUAGAGCGUCGUCGGCACAGGCAUCUGGUGCACAGUCUGCCAGUAAAGCUCCGACACAAGCUGCAGACUCUAGCACGGCUAGUAACAACCAGUCGUUGACCAGGCGAGCGCGAGGGGCCAAGUUCAACCAAAAUCCUGUUCAGUCACAGAAUCAAGUUUUACAGGAGCAGCUUGCACCACCACCACCACCACAACCACCAGCAGUGCCUCAAGCAGAUCCACCAGCAGAAACACCCAUCUCCCGAACAGCGAACGGCAACACUUCCCACCCAGAAUACUUUGCGGCUGGCAGAAGUAAUGCCCGUCACAGCUCGGAUGAUUCUGAUAUAACAAAUCUUAUGGAAGUGAUGGAUAAAGACUUUGACAAUUCAGAACCCCCUCCGGCAGAAGUGUUUACAGAACAACCACCAUCUCCGGCAGCAAAAAAUAAAGGUAAAGGGAAAUCUUUUCAGCACAAAUCUAAAUUGCAAAGGAAGCAAGAAGAAAAAGAGAGGAGAGGAAAAAGCAGACAUCAGGAAGAUGAUCUCAAAGAUUCUCUUGCUGAUGAUGAUAGCUCAUCCACUACCACAGAAACCUCUAAUCCAGACACAGAACCGCUUCUCAAAGAGGAGCCGGAAAAACUAAAGGGAAAACCAGCCACAUCUGACAAGGUAGAGACUGAAAUAUUUAAAACGAAGCAGAAGACCAAGAAAGUCUUUGUCAACAAGAAAGAAAGCAUGCCUGAGGUUAAACCAAGCUCCUUGGAGUUACCAUAUACAACACCACUGGAAAAUAAGCAGCGCAAAAGCUUCUCCAAGAUUUCUGUACCGCACACUUUAGCAAAUGGGACAAAACCAAGACAUGUGCAGAAAACAAGAGGUGCCAGCAGUAAGUUAGUGGACAACAGGCAAUCAAUGCUGGCGAAAUUUCUCCCUAGUCGUACUGGUCAGGAACUAGGCAACACCAGCAGUUCAGAAGGAGAGAAAGAUUCCCCACCACCAGAGUGGGACUCUGUGCCAAUUUCCAAAUCGGGCAGCUCAGCAGACAGCCUGCAUAAGCUAUCGGUGCAAACCCUCAAUGCAGAUGAGUUCUUAAAACAACGGCAGACCUCACCAGCGCCUACCUCCUGCUCCCCACCUCCGACCAUCAUACCAAGGGGCAGCUACAGCAGCAUUGUGACCAGCACAACGAACCAUGAGGCCAGGAUAAGCCCAGCUGGCUCCAAGCUCAAAUUGGCUAAAGCAACCUCCUUACCUGGAAGAAACGGCAACCCUACCUUUGCUGCUGUUGCUGCAGGAUACGACAAGAACCCAGGAGGCGGCGGUUUAGCAAAAAACUCUGUUACUAAAUGUGACAUCCCAAGCAGCAUUAGCAUGUCCCACACGCCCUCUAUUGACAGUGACUGCUCUGAUAGCUCUGGCUUGUGGAGUCCGAUCAGCAGUCCCACCAGUCCUGACUAUGCUGCCCUCAAUUCGUUCUCUGCCUUCGGACCCAGCAAUUCCUUCAACUUAACAGGAGAGGUGUUCAGCAAGCUCAGCUUUUCUGAUCCUCAGAAGAAAUGGCGCGAGUAUGAACCUGCCCCAUCCAUCUGGGAUCCCCCACCUGACCCUGUGCCAUCAUGGCCAACCAGCACUGGAUCCCCCACCCAUGCAACAGCUUCCAUACUCGGGAAUACUGGUAACUUGUGGUCCACAACCAAUCCAUUCGGAGUCUCCAUAUGGUCCAGUAACCCCAACACAAGCCUUCCAUACACCACUCCAGCCAGCACGCUCUCUGGCAUUGACCUCAUGGGAUCUGAAAGCACGUGCCCUGUAUCUAGUUCUACUCAAACUGCUGCAUCUCACAGUCCUGACGGAAUGGGGGGACAGACGUUUGAUCCCUGGAAAAUAUGGAGUCCCACCAUCGGAAGAAGAAGCUCAGAUCCUUGGCCCAGUUCCCGCUAUCCUUCUGAGAAUUAGAUUGAAGCAGACAAAAUAAUGAAUUGCCCAUUCAAUCAAGGAGUGUUGUCCCAAAAAUAUUGGCAGAUUUUUCAGUGGUUGUCUCACCGGCUAUCCUUUCUUUUUUUGUUUAGCUUUUUUAUUCCCAGAUUUUUUGUGUGAUAUUAAACAAAUACACAGAUGUAAAAUUGAGUUUUAAGUUCCAUAUUCUUUCUUGGCAGAGAUUCUUAUACUUAAAAAGGAACUAAAAAUAUGGGCAACACAACUGUUUGAAGCUAUUGGCAAAGAAUGCCACAUUAAAAAAAACUACACAUUUUUUCACUAAUUUAUUUAUUUGGUUUAUGUGCCACCAAUUUGACCCUGAUUGAAAUUCCAAAUAUGAGUCCUCCCCACUAAACAGGAAAAAAUGUUUUAUUUUUCUUUCAUCUAACCCCAGUAUUAUGUUUAUACAAUACAGUUUUACAAAAAAAAUACAGGAAUAACAGUUUGUGUUAAAAUGAAAAACUAUUUUUUAAGCAAAAGUUAAUUUGGUGAUGCGAAUGAACAAAAUGCUGUUCACAGCACAAAGGGCUGAAUGCAAAGCAUACCUUUGGUGCUGUCUGGCUCUCAAUAUAUGUCCUUGGUUCUACGUUGCAAUUUUAAUGUUAAUUUCAGGUGCUCAUCGUGACAUCUUGUUGAAAAAUCAAACAAGAUUUGUUGAGCAGUUCAUGCAACUGAGUUGUACUUUAAAAUAAAUGAGGCGCUUUUUUUUCA